UUUGUACAACAGAGCUCAUAACCAGCGAACAAGCCCCGCGAGCAAGAGAAGAAAUUAAGACGCAGAGAGGAAUUUAAGAGAUUGGAAAACCACCCAACCUCCGAAGAUUUUAUAUUUUGUGGACAAUAUGGCGGAAGAAUUUCAGGCGGGGGUUUGCGGCGGCAACUGGUGGGCCAAUUCGUCGAGGUCGUCGCCGUGCACGGCGGAGCUAAACGAGAUGGGAAACUUCGGGUGGUCGUCGGAGAUGGUGGGCAUAAAACCAAGGUCUGAUUGCGAUGACUCUGCAGCUUCCGUUUCUGAUGGCGGCUCCAUACUCUUUCCGGACAUCCAUAAACCUCAGCCGCCGGAUGCCGCCUCCUCCACCGCCGGCUCCGGCGGCGUCUUGAUUGAUUCCACCCUGCAGAUGUUAGGUUUCAACCUUUCUUCCUCAGCAACAACACCAGAUUGGAACCAAACUCUACUCCGAGGAAGUGGGGCGAGGUCGGAGAGCAGUUUUCACUCCAUGCUGCAGGAAGAUAUGAGUGCCUCAAGGUUGAAUUCCCCUCAAAUCCAAAUUUCUAGUGGCAGCGAAGAAUCAACAAUAAAUUCAUUUAAGCCCUUAAACAUUCAAGGAUUUUCUUUAGACCAGCAGCAGUUAAAUCCUGCAAGCAACUCCACCAACGAUUGCGCAGCCACUUGUCAGGGCUUAUCCACGGGAUUUUCCAUGGGUUCGGCUUCUUAUGUGUACCCAUCAACACUAAUGUUACAGAAUUUAAUCGAACCCGAACCUCAGCCGCAGCAAUCCCUUUUCGAUAAUCGCUCCAUGGGCUAUCCGUCGAUGGCGAAUUAUCGUGCAGACACCAAUGAACUCAUACCUACCUGGCCUAAAAGCUCUUCAUUUCUAAAACCCUCAUUGCCAAAACUUCAACCCAGUGGCCAUUUGCACUUCUCCAACAACGCAACCUACUGGAAUGCCUCUGCUGCAACUGCAACCGACGUUAGAGCUAGCCACAGCUUUUUUCCUCCGUCACAGCCGCAGUUCCUCGCGCCGACAUUUGAAGAAAAACCCAGUUUGCCAAACCUUCCAAUGAAGGCAAACAGUGACGAAGUUCGAGACUCGGGAUCUAUGUUGAAGAAAAGCAGCAGCGAAACGCCAUUCAAAAGACCCCGAAUUGAAACGCCAUCGCCAUUGCCAACUUUUAAGGUCCGGAAAGAGAAGCUUGGGGACCGAAUAACUGCGCUUCAGCAAUUGGUCUCACCUUUCGGAAAGACUGAUACAGCUUCAGUUCUCCAUGAAGCAAUUGAGUACAUCAAGUUCCUGCAUGACCAAGUUAGUGUUCUGAGUACUCCAUACAUGAAAAGUGGAGGUCCCAUUCAGCACCAACAGACAUGUGCAUCGGAUAAGCUGAAGGAGCCUGCAGAAGGGCCUAAGCAAGAUUUGAGAAGCAGAGGGCUGUGUCUGGUGCCAAUCUCAAGCACUUUCCCAGUGGCUAAUGAGACUACAGCAGAUUUUUGGACCCCAACAUUUGGUGGAACCUUCAGAUAGAGACCAUAUAUAUAUAUAUAUAUAUAUAUAUAUAUAUAUAUGAUGAGAAAAUUGAAGCAGAGAGAUCUCAGUUAACUACUCUCUACUACCCUAUAUACACACAAUUUAACUUCAGAGAUAUUACUGUUGUAGCUAAACACUACGUACAGAAGAAGGGAAAGGCUGGUGAAAAGGCAGAACAGAAAGCAAAAGAGAAAGAAAAGGAAAGUGAGGCUUCCGAGGACGGACAGGCAAAGGCAAAGCCGGGGCCAUGGGUACAGGCAGAAUGAUAUGAUGUAGGUUAGCUAUGUACCAAAUAUUUUGGGUAGCUAGCUAGCUAGCUAGCUGCUGGGGACCUUCAGUACUUUAGGACCAUAUAAGAAAUUAAUAUAUAUAGGGGGAGUGUAAUAAUCAAUGUAUUAUUUGAUAGUAGCCCGA